UUCUUUUCUCAAAAUAUAACUAUACCGCUAAAUUCAACUGUCACCAAGUAUAAUUAAUACAAAAAUAUAUGCCUACGUUGUUGAACGUGUAAUAUAUAAUACAUGAGGUCGAAGCUUUUAUACACAGAGGCGUGUGAAAAGGAAGACACGAGAAUCGAGUGUACAAUUAUUAUUGUCAAAGAAGAAAUAGAAACGUGCGUCGGCGCAUAAAUGUUAUAAUAUAUCCUGCAUCAUCCCCGAUUGCCUGGCUCGCGUCCUCUUCUUUUCCAAGAAAAAUAUACCUACUGCACGCGCCGCUACCGCCGCCACCACCCCUGCACACCCGCCCCAUAACCUACAUCACGCGCAAGCAAGAGCCAUCAGUCGACUUUCCUCCGAGGGGAAAUAAAAGUCUCUUGUUCGCGUAUCGUUUUUCGUCGUAGUACCUACAUGGUUAUUUAUUCUCGUCGUACGUAGUUUUCAAGUAGUUUGAUCAGCGUGAUAAUCAAUUGUUGUCUUGUUUUAUACGUUAUUUGCGUAAUUUGUGAUCAGUGUGCGGAAAGAAGAAGAAGAUGUCAAGCCCCGUGGUGAUUGCCGCCACUUCAAGGCACUCGGCAACGCUAAUUUUUUUUCAUGGACUUGGUGACACAGGCCAUGGUUGGGCAAGCACACUGGGUUCCUUGAGAUCGUCACAUGUUAAAGUAAUAUGUCCGACUGCUGACACCAGACCCGUUACCUUAAAUGGCGGUUUCAAAAUGCCAUCAUGGUUCGAUCUACGAACCUUGGAUGCUACUGGACCAGAAGAUGAAGAAGGUAUACAAAAGGCUGCUGAAGAUGUACAUUCCAUGAUACUUAAAGAAGUAGAGUCAGGAAUACCUACAAAACGAAUCAUGCUUGGUGGAUUCAGUCAAGGUGGAGCAUUAGCUUUGUACAGUGCUCUGACUUUCCCUCAACCAUUAGCAGGGGUCAUAGCUCUUUCAACUUGGCUCCCUUUGCACCAAAAAUUUCCAGCCAUAGCCAAAGGCAAUAAAGACACACCUGUUUUACAAUGCCAUGGCGAUUGCGAUCCAAUAGUUCCAUAUAAAUGGGGUCAAGCAACAGCGACUGCAUUAAAACAAUUUAUGACUAACACUGAAUUCAAAACGUACAGGGAAGUUAUGCAUGCAUCCUGCGAUGAGGAAUUGAAAGAUGUAAAAAAGUUUAUUGAAAAAAUAUUGACACCAUAAAACGUGAAAUUCAAUUUAAAUGAUACUUUGAUCGCCUCCCUACUAUUGAGAUCGAAAUAUUGAUUAAAAUUAUUCCCAAAUUGUAAUUUAAUUCAACAAAAAGCCCAAUGAAAGUUAGAUGAAUGUUUCAUCGAUUUAAGAAGAUACAUAGUAGAAAUGAGCAGUGUAAAACUUUCUAUUGAAGUGUUUUUUCAUUACUCUGCUCCAAAGAGUAAAUUUUCUUUAAACUUACAUGUUAGUUGCAACAUGUGUAAUUGCUAUCGAUAGAAUUAGAUAGAAAUUAAUUUAUUUUUAGAUGUACUCUAAUAUUUUGUAAUGGCAAAAUAUUUUUGCAUUUGAUGAAUAAUAAGUUACUCUAAAUCUCA